AUGCUUCUGCCACGUCAUAAAACUUACGCUCCACCAGAGUGGACGUGUCCUAAUUGCCGGCGAGGCUUGCAAACCCUGGAUUGCUGGUGCGGGAAAGCACUCACAGACGAGCCUACUCCACCGCUCUUCCAAGACCUAUUCAAGAGCCAAAAGCAUUACGACCAGAUCUUGCGGCAAGAGCCCUUCGCCGAGAUGCGGCUGAGAUUGUUGAGCAAGGGACAGCGGCAAUUAAAAUCUCAGGGAGACUAUUUGUUGAGCCACAUGGGUUUGAACAAGCAUCAGGUUCAGACUUGGAAGGACGCAGACACCGAACGCAGACGGAGACUCUUGCGGACAGCAUCACUGCCCAGUGAGGACACACGGAGUACUUCGUCUUGUGGGACACUGUCGUCUGAGAGGCCCUCGACAUCGUAUUCUUUUCUUGAGCGACGUGUGCCACAAGAUCCAGUUCAGGCAAUUAUGAUGAAAGGUCCACCAUCAUUCUCUCCUUCCAUGGCUGGCCUUGCAUCUGCGGCUUUAAUUUAA